GAGAUAGAGAGAAAGUCCUGUUAUUCGCCAGUUUUUAAUCAGGAGUUAAAUUUGUUAAGGUUUCAGCGGUUCGUAAAGAGGACUUUUCCCCCCUUUUUUCACUGCUCAUGUGGAAUAUGCUGUGAGACUUAAGGAGAAGAAGGGACAUAAAGAGAGGUGGUUAUGCGUCCUGGCUCCAUCCUGCAUGUUUGCGCUGACACCAGAAGUCACACACCGGUGCAGAAUUGAUUAAAACAGAGAAGCUCGGAUCAAAUGGCUGUGCUUCUCACAGCUGAAACGACACAAUGUUUCACUAACCCGAGGCAAAGGAGGGGAGUUUCACAAUUGGACAGCCCUGUUGCUGUUUUUUUCACUGCCCUUUUGCGGACAGAGCAAAUGGGAAAUGUUCAUUGCUUGUAAAAGAAAGGAAUAACACUUUUUUUGUUUCAUCUUUAAGUGCACUUUAUGAAAGAGUGAGGAGAUGAUUUGUUUUUUAUUCCUGCUCUCCAUCCUGGAUGGAGCUGUCUCCCAGCUUCACUACUCCGUGCCGGAGGAACAAGAAUCAGGCUCUGUGGUUGGAAAUAUUGCAGAGGAUUUAGGACUGGACAUUACCAAACUUUCGGCUCGCCGCUUUCAGACGGUGCCUAGUUCAAGAACACCUUACCUGGAGGUAAACUUAGAGAACGGUGCGCUUGUGGUAAAGGAGAAAAUUGACCGGGAAGAAAUCUGUAAACAGACCAUCCCGUGCCUACUGCACCUGGAGGUGUUUCUGGAGAACCCACUAGAGCUCUUUCGCGUAGAAAUUGAGGUGAUGGACAUUAACGACAAUCCGCCCAGCUUUCCCGAAACAGACAUUUCAGUGGAAAUAUCAGAGAGCGCAAUUCCCGGGACCCGAUUCCCGGUGGAAAAUGCCUUCGACCCAGACGUGGGCACUAACGCGCUCAGCACAUAUGCCAUAACGAAUAAUAACUAUUUCUACCUGGAUGUGCAGACGCAGAGCGACGGGAACAAGUUCGCCGAGCUGGUGCUGGAAAAGUCACUGGAUAGGGAGCAGCAGGCGGUGCACCGUUAUGUGCUGACUGCUGUGGACGGGGGCAUCCCACAGCGAACCGGGACGGCUCUCCUCGUCGUUAAAGUUUUGGACUCCAAUGAUAACGCACCCACCUUUGACCAGACUGUUUACUCAGUCAACCUGCGGGAAAACUCCCCUAUCGGCACUUUAGUCAUACAGCUCAAUGCCACUGAUGUUGAUGAGGGACAGAACGGGGAAAUAGUUUAUUCUUUCAGCAGCCACAACACCCCGCGGAUAAAGGACUUAUUCAACAUUGAUGCAAGAACAGGGAGGAUAGAGGUCGCGGGUGAAGUGGACUAUGAAGAGAGUAGUACGCACCAGAUUUAUGUCCAGGCUAAAGAUCUUGGGGCUAAUGCGGUCCCCGCUCACUGCAAAGUGCUGGUCAAACUCGUGGACGUUAACGACAACACACCGGAGAUUGGUUUCAGCACGGUGACUGAAUCUGUGAGCGAGCAGGACGCCCCGGGUACCGUUAUCGCACUUUUUAGUGUCUCUGACCGGGACUCUGGUGAGAAUGGACAUAUGAGCUGUGAGAUAUUGGGAGAUGUUCCUUUCAAGCUGAAAUCCUCUUUUAAAAACUAUUACACCAUCGUGACAGACGGACCGCUGGACAGAGAGAAUACAGAUUCUUAUACUAUCACAGUGGUGGCCAAAGAUAAGGGUCAACCUUCCCUCGCAACCAGCAAGUCCAUAAAAGUGCACGUUUCGGAUGAGAACGACAAUGCGCCUCGCUUUACGCAGGCUAUUUAUGAUGUGUAUGUGACCGAGAAUAAUGUGCCAGGUGCGUUCAUUCACGCCGUGAGUGCUUUGGACCCUGAUAUAGGACAAAAUGCACUAAUUACCUACUCCAUAUUGGAGUGUGACAUACAGGGCAUGUCUGUGGACACUUACGUGUCCAUCAACCAGGAUACUGGUUACCUUUACGCACUGCGCUCAUUUGAUUAUGAGCAGCUGAAAGAGUUCCGCUUCAUGGUCCAGGCUAAAGACUCUGGUGCGGCCGAGCUCUUCUCUAACGCCACAGUAAAUGUGAUCAUAGUUGACCAAAAUGACAACGCUCCCACUGUAAUAGCCCCCGUCGUGAAAAAUGGCACAGCCAAAGAACACCUGCCGCGCUCUGCUGAGCCUGGUUACUUGGUGACGCGUAUCGUGGCCAUAGAUGCAGAUGACGGCGAGAACGCACGGCUGUCAUAUAGUAUCCUGCAGGGCAACGAGAUGGGGAUGUUCCGCAUGGACUGGAGAACAGGCGAGCUGAGGACAGCCCGGAGAAUCUCUCCAAAGCGGGACCCGCAGGGCUUCUACGACCUGCUGAUCGAAGUGAGGGAUCACGGGCAGCCCCCUCUCUCCUCCUCAGCCAGUGUGAAUGUCAUUUUAGUGGACAGUGUGGUCGAAGGCCGCAGUGGGGAUCGUGGAUCAGCCUCCAGGGCAAAGGAGACCUCCCUUGACCUCACCCUCAUUCUCAUCAUCGCCUUGGGCUCCGUCUCUUUUAUAUUUCUCCUGGCUAUGAUCGUGCUGGCUGUGCGCUGUCAAAAGGACAAAAAGCUCAACCUGUACACGUGCCUGCUGGCCGGUGACUGCUGCCUCUGCUGCGGCUCCUGCUGUAGCAGAGGGGCUCGCGGCCGUAAACAGAAGAAGCUGAGUAAAUCAGACAUCAUGUUAGUUCAGAGCACCAACGUGACGUCAGGGGUCGGCCCCGUGGGACAGGUGCCCGUAGAAGAGUCUGGUGUGGGUGGCGUGGGAGGGGGCUUCGGGUCCCACCACCACCAGAACCAGAACUCCUACUGCUAUCAGGUGUGUUUGACACCGGAGUCCGCAAAAACGGAUCUCAUGUUCCUCAAACCAUGCAGCCCCUCCCGCAGCACUGACACGGAUCACAACCCCUGCGGCGCCAUAGUCACGGGUUACAGUGACCAACAACCGGACAUCAUAUCUAAUGGCAGCAUUCUGUCUAAUGAGACAAAACACCAACGAGCAGAACUCAGCUAUCUGGUGGACAGACCCAGGCGUGUCAACAGUUCGGCAUUCCAAGAGGCAGACAUUGUCAGCUCCAAAGACAGUGGUCAUGGUGACAGUGAGCAAGGGGACAGUGACCACGAUGCCACCAACCGGGGUCAUUCAGCCGGUGCUGACCUUUUCUCCAACUGCACAGAGGAAUGCAAAGCCCUUGGACACUCGGACCGCUGCUGGAUGCCAUCCUUUGUGCCGUCUGAUGGGCGCCAGGGGCCAGACUACCGCAGCAACUUGCACGUUCCUGGCAUGGACGCCACGCUGCCUGACACUGAGGUACCCUCCUCUGUCAACCUCUCCGACCAACUCACCAUGACCUCGUCCACCGUCUCGACCACCGAUAGGUCAUUCUCCACCUUUGGCAAGGACGGUCAAAGGUCACAGUCACACCACAGCCUUCACCAUCACCUCCAUCAGCAACAACAACAGUACAGCUCCAGCACGCUAGAGAGGAAAGAGUAUGAUAGGGGGACCCUACCGUACAAACCCACCUUUCUCUCCCGCAAAAGGAUUUGCUAGCUCAUUCCACGUGGACCUGUCGGAGACAGCGUGAAUUUCUUUACUAGCCCACCAACACUGAUGCUAGUGACAGCAAAAUAAAAUGAAACAAACAGCAACCUGGACACAGCAACCUUGGUUAAGCUUUAUUAUCUGGGUUGGUGAGCUGUAACAAAGCCUUGGCAGUGGUUGCCGAGGGAGGAGAGAAAACAUAAAUUCUUAGUAGCUGUAAACCUCUAGAUUUCCGUGGAGCAAUCCAAGGCCUUAUUCCUCUCAGCAGGACUGAGAUCAGGGCCGCAGCACUUGACAUGGAAAUUAUAAAGUCAUCAGCAGAAGUGGGAAACUGAAACAAACAAAGGAAUACAAUACAAGAAGACAAAGGACUGGUUUACUCAGUGGUAUUUUUGGGGGGGACUUUUGAACAUUAUGGAGUAAAACUCCAGAGAUCUGUGUGUGCCUGUUUACAUGAAGAAAAACUAGUGUUUCUGUACAAACUUAACCAAUGUUACACAGAACCCUUUAGCUACAGUAUUUCUAUGGUCACCACUAAGCCAACUGUACAGAGACUCAGGGUGAGGAGACUGAAUGAGAAACAGUGUUAGACAAGCAGAGAGAGAGAAACAGCAGUUGUACAGGUGUAAAAUGACAUGAAAAAGAAGUUGGAGGGGAGAAGCAGAGACGAUGUGCAGUACUAUUAAUUCUGUAACUCUGGUUUUUUGACUUGACUGUCUUUAUAUAACUUCUAUUUUUUAUUUCAGUUGUUCUUUCUGUGUGGUUAAAGUGUGCAGACUCUAACAUAUUCCUACUUACGGUUAUGGACAGGAACAUGUGGUCUUGGAGAUGGUUCAGUCCUCUUUCAAGUUUGGCCACUUCAGGAAGGAGAUUUUGACUUAUACACUGUGUUAUAAAAGACGCUUAAAUAACUCUGAUGUUCAGUUUAUAAAUAAAGUAUCACAAAUGUGAAUGUUCUCAUUUAUACAUGCUGACUAACAGUUUCCAAGUUCCUUCCUGAGCUGACUGCAAAGAAAGGGAAAUGACCCUUUACCAGGAUAUGGAUCCUGCCACUGGCCUAUACAUAACAAUCAGACACACUCAGUGGUUUUUAUCAUGUGUGCA